GUAUUGCUAGGAUGUCCUCCUAAGUGUUGAGAAGCCUAAAAAUGUUCUUCCAAUCGGAGACUUUGCCUAGAUGGGAAUUGUAUCUUUACUUAUUUCUUUCUUUUGGCUCCCAUUUUUAUUCUUUCUAUGAAGUCUUCCAAGCUUCUCAAGAAUACGAAGAGGAACUUGAUAGAAAAUUUGAACUGGAGAAAAAUGUACUGGGGUUGAGAAAGGAUCCAGUUGAUUUUGAAUGGAGUUUCUGGAUGGAAUGGGGCAAAGGAUAUAUAUUGUGGCUUCUUUUUGGCCACCUGAUGGUAUCACUGAUAUCCAGCAUCUACAUGAAAAAGUACAAACCUUGGUUUCUGUUAGUGUACGGAAUUGCUGCCUGUUGGUUUCUACUGGGAUCCAAAGGACUGACUAUGAUUUUUCUACAUAUCAGUAUCUCGUAUUUAGUAGCCCAGUUGAAAAAUCCAGUGCUUACAUGGUUGACGUCUUUGCUUCUGUUGUCAACUCUGCAUCUAUCUGCCAUAGAAGAAGUGAAGAGAGGCUGGUAUGCCAGUGAAAAUGAGUACUAUCUACUAGUUUUCACCCUGAUUGUGCGCUGUCUCUAUUAUACAAGCUUCAGUCUGGAAUAUUGUUGGGAUAGGACUACCCAGCAUUCAUUUCUUUGGAUGCUUUCAUAUACAUUCUAUUAUCCUGUGUUUCACAAUGGACCUGUUAUCACCUUUGAUGAAUUUUAUUCACAGAUGAGCAAACAACAAUCCUGCAAUUGGAAGUCCAAUCUAUCUAUUUUCAUCUGGGGAGCCAUUCGUAUUUUGAUUUGGUGGUGGUUGGCAGAAUUGAUGAUUCAUUUUAUGUAUAUGCAUGCUAUCUACAGUAGCAUUUCACACCUGGAAGCAGUAACUUACUGGACGUUAGGUGGCCUUGCACUGGCCCAGGUCCUAUUUUUUUAUGUGAAAUACCUCGUACUUUUUGGUGUUCCAGCACUUGUUAUUCGCAUGGAUGGACUCAAGCCUCCCGAUUUACCUCGUUGUGUAAGCACCAUGUACAGUUUUUCUGGAAUGUGGAG